AUGAUUCAUUUGAAGCACUACACCCCUUUUCUGGCCGUUCCCAUCUCGAAUGGUUCUGGCUUUAUAAUAAGUAGUGAUGACCUGAUAGUGACAAAUGCCCAUGUGGUCGCCAACAAGCGUGGUGUUCUUGUCAAACUGACCAAUGGUGAGACUUACAACGCCACAGUUCAGGAUGUGGACCAGGCUGCAGACAUCGCCACCAUCAAAAUCAAUGUUAAGAAUCUUCUACCAACGUUGCGUCUUGGCAAGUCAUCUGAUGUGCGGCAAGGUGAAUUUGUGGUUGCCAUGGGGAGCCCCUUUUCUCUUAAAAACACCAUUACAUCUAGAAUCGUCAGCUCUGCUCAAAGAGGCAGUAAAGAACUGGGUCUCUCCAACUCCAACAUGGACUACAUCCAGAUGGACGCUACCAUAGAUUUUGGAAAUUCAGGAGGGCCUCUCAUAAACCUGGAUGGUGAGGUCAUCGGCAUUAAUACCAUGAAAGUGACAGCAGGGAUUUCCUUCGCUAUUCCCUCAGACAGAGUCUUCCUAGACCGAUCUGCAGACAAAUAGAAGUCUUGGUUUGGAGAAUCGGGAUCGAAAAGGCGUUACAUUGGAGUGAUGAUGUUGACUUUGACCCCCAGGUGCCAAACACUUUUAUUACAAUUUUACAGGAGAGCAAAAUUCAUACAUUAUGGAAUCUGCAGAUUUUUGUUAUUUACCACUAGAUUUGGCUCUUAGAAAUUCAAGUGCUGGAAUACCUGGAAAAUUGGCUUGUUUUGUUGAAA